AUGCUCAAAUUUGUUUCUACUGGCGUUUCUCUCGCUCUCGCAGUUGCGAUUGUUAAGGGUGACGAUGCUAACAGCAACGGGACGGCUAUAACUGGGCCAGCCUUGCAACGUAUUGCCUAUGCUGGUCCUGACGGUUUCUCCAUUAGUUGGAGUACUCCUUCUAAGGUGGACAGUCCAGUCGUUUCAUAUGGUCCAUCUGCAAGUCAAUUGUCUCUUUCUGCUACUGGAGUUUCCCAGACUUACGAAAACUCGCCAUCCUGGGAUAACCAUGUUCUACUAAGUGGACUUAAUAGCAACACCACAUACUUCUAUAAGAUUGAUGGUGACUCUACAGGGGUUAGAAAUUUCACAACUUCGUUAAAUGCAGGUUCAACUGAUGCGUUCGUUUUUGCAAUGGUCAAUGACAUGGGUACCUUUGGUAACUUGGGAUUGAGUAGUGUAGCUGGUAAAGGGGAGGGGGGUUUACUUCAACCUGGAGAAAUAAACACCAUUCAGUCUCUUGCCAAUUUCACCAAUGAUUAUCAAUUUAUCUGGCAUGUAGGGGAUAUUGCUUAUGCAGAUUAUUGGCUCAAAGAAGAAAACCAACACUAUUUACCUAACAGCACUAUUGCUGACGGAUUCGAGGUAUACAAUUCUAUUCUCAAUGCCUUCUACGAUGAAAUUUCCGUCUUAACUAGUGCCAAGCCAUACCUUGUGGGCCCCGGUAAUCAUGAUGGUGAUUGUAUUGAUGGAAGUUUUGAUGCCACAGUUUGGGGUGAAACCUUCAAUUCGAGCAUUUGUGCUCCUGGGCAGAAAAAUUUUACUGGUUAUUCAAGCCACUGGAGAAUGCCUAGCAAUGAAUCAGGUGGAGUGGGUAAUAUGUGGUAUUCUUUUGAUUACGGAUCUGUCCAUUUUGUUCAAAUAUCAACUGAGACAGAUUUUGCUGACGGAAUCAUUGCCCCUGAUGAGCUUGGAGGUAUUCAAGGGGCUGACUCUGGACCCUUCGGAGCCAAGAAUGAGCAAGUUAAUUGGCUGACAAACGAUCUCCAAAAUGUCGACCGUUCUAAGACGCCAUGGGUCAUUGUAGGUGGACAUCGUCCAUGGUAUCAACCUGAUGGCGAUGGCUGCUGGGAGUGCCAAGCUUCGUUUGAAAAGAUUCUAGUGGACAACAAUGUUGAUCUUAUCGUACAUGGACAUGUGCAUAACUAUCAACGAUUGGACCCUUUGGCAUUUAAUGAGACAGAUUCUAAUGGUCUAGAUAAUCCUUCGUCCCCUUGGUAUAUUAUAAAUGGAUUUGGUGGUCACUACGAUGGAACUGACAAACUCGUAUAUCCACUGCUGAAUUAUACUGCGUUUGCACAGGACACAGCAUACGGAUGGUCUAAAUUUACUGUCCACAACUGCACUCACAUUACACACGAGUUUAUCUCCAGUAGCAACGGAUCUGUGUUGGACACCGCUACUCUGUUUAAGGACAGACAAUGUACUGUAUCCCAACUUUCAAACACUUCUACUAGCAAUACUUCUAGUAGCACCCCAUCUACUGUACCCACAUCGACCGAAGAAAGCAUUGCUUCCAAGCAUGCCAUUUCCUCUUAUGCCAUGGCUAGCUUGGCAGUAUUUGUUCUCUUCUGGAUCUGA